AUGGCACUGAAAAUAGUCGAAGCCAAAGUGAAUAGCUACAUUCCGUCAUCUGUCAGUUCAAAUAUCAAGGUAGUGAAUUGGAUACCAAAGAAUGAUCUUGCUCACAGGGAUAUCAAAGCUUUUGUAUCUCAUAACGGAACCAACAGUUACUAUGAAUCAGCAUAUCAUGGGGUUCCUGUGGUGGCUGUUCCGUUGUUUUUAGACCAAUUCUCUAAUGCCAGGAAAGCAGAAUACUUUGGAAUAGCAACAGUAUUAGAUCACAAAACCAUGGAUGCUGAAAAGCUCUUUAAGGCCAUAGAGCUUGUGAUGAAUGAACCAACAAUUUUCGAAUUGUUUUAUUUAAGAUUCAAGGAAACAGCCAUGCGCAUUUCUCAUCUGAUGAAAGACAGUCCACGGACUCCCCUAAAGAAAGCUGGAUAGACUGACUGGAUAGAGUAUGUGCUCAGACAUGGUGGGACCCCCCUCAGAGCUCAAGUGUUUAACAUCCCUUGGUACCAGUACUACUUACUUGACGUCACAGCUUUCCUUGUUGCCAUAGUAGCGAUAAUUGUCAUGGUGAUAAGAUUGGCAUGUCGAUGCCUGUGUCGUAUAUGCUGUAAAAGGAGAGUUGGCAAAACUAAAAACGAUUAA